AUGACACUUCAGGAGCUGCGGAGUCGUCAGUUCUGGCUGGCCGCUGCAGCUGAGGUGCUGGGCACGCUGGUCUUCGUGUCGGCCGUGCUUGGCUCCUCCAUUCCCGGCCCAGAGGGCAGUGCCACGGGGCCUCUCUACCCUGCACUGGCAGCAGGCAUGGUGGCCGUGGCUUUGGGACACUGCUUUGGGGAAAUAAGUGGCGCUCAGGUGAACCCUGCGGUCACCCUGGCCUUCCUGGCCACGCGGCGUCUGGAUGCACUGAGGGCCCUGGUGUACGUGGCUGCCCAGUGCCUAGGAGCCACGCUGGGCACGGGGGUCCUCUACCUGGCCCUGCCCCUCAAGUCCACCGCAGAGGGAUUUGCCAACAAGGUGCCCAUGGAGGUGAAUGCCGGCCAGGCUCUGGGGAUGGAGAUCCUGGCCACCUUCCAGCUGGUCUUCACCAUCUUCUCCGUGGAGGACCAGCGGCGGCGGGAGGGCGCUGAACCUGGCAACCUAGCCAUCGGUUUCUCGCUCAGCGCAGGCAUCUUCACAGCUGGCCGUCUCUCUGGGGGCAGUAUGAAUCCUGCUAGAACACUAGGCCCUGCCAUCAUCACUGGCAUCUGGGAACACCAUUGGGUGUACUGGAUUGGCCCAGUGUUAGGUGCUGUGCUGGCUGGUGUGUCCCAUGAGUUCUUCUUCGCUCCGAGCGCAUCUAGACAGAAGCUGGUGGCAUGUCUGACUUGCAGGGACAUCGAGAUAGUGGAGACAGCCAGCGUGUCCCGAUCCUCCCUCUCCACCGUCACACAGAACGCCAUGAGGGCCAAGCAGGCCAACAAGUCAGAGCAUGGCUGAGAGAGAGAGAGAGAGAGAGAGAGAGAGAGAGAGAGAGAGAGAGAG